CUGCCCACUCUGGUCACACCACUGCCUCCACCUUCCUGCCCCAGCGUGGGUCACAUUAUGCUCUAAUUUUAUAAAGCAGAUGGACUGAAGAGCUCAGAAGGCAUCUCUGAUCCCAGACUGCAAGCUGCUUUCUCCUCUGACUUCCAGGGAAGAGGAGAUUUAAGUCAAAAUGGUCGAGCGCUACGACUGCAGGGAGUGUGAGGAGUCCCUGUACGGGCAGAAGUACAUCCUGAAGGAGGAAACCCCGUACUGCAUCAAGUGCUAUGAGGCUCUUUUCUCCAACAACUGUGAAGUGUGCACGAAGCUCAUUGGCUGCACCAACAAGGAUCUGUCGUACAAAGACCGCCACUGGCACAGCGAGUGCUUCCUCUGCAUCAAGUGCAGCCGGUCCCUGGUCGACCGGCCUUUCGCCACCAAGGACGACAUGCUGAUGUGCACCGAGUGCUACAGCAACGAGUACUCCGCCAAAUGCCAUGCGUGUCUGAAGACCAUCAUGCCAGGCUCUAAAAAGAUGGAGCACAGAGGCAACAGUUGGCAUGAGAACUGCUUCACCUGCAACCGCUGCCAGCAGCCCAUCGGCACCAGGAGCUUCGUCCAGAAGGACGCCAGCAACUACUGCCUACCCUGCUACGAGAAGCAGUUUGCUCUCAAGUGCUUCCACUGCAAGAAGCCCAUCACCACUGGAGGAGUGAACUACCGCGACCAGCCCUGGCAUAAGGAGUGCUUUGUUUGCAUUGGCUGCAAGCAGCAGCUGGCCGGCCAGCGGUUCACUUCCCGGGACGACUUCGCCUACUGCCUCGACUGCUUCUGCAACCUGUUUGCCAAGAAAUGUGCCUACUGCACCACCUCGAUCAGCGGUCUCGGGGGCAGUAAGUACAUCUCCUUCGAGCAGCGCCAGUGGCACAACGACUGCUUCAACUGCAAAAAGUGCAGCGUGUCUCUGGUCGGCCGAGGUUUCCUGACGUGCAAAGACGACAUCCUCUGCCCCGACUGUGGCAAAGACUUCUGAGCCGCGCCGCCCAGGACUGGGAGAGCACGGCAGCCUUUUCAAUACGUCGACAUUAUCUGCAUGCGCUGACGAUACCGAGUGUUAAAUGAAGCCAAUGUUUGUGAAGCAAAUGUUUUCUUUGUUGCUUUCAUGUCAAGAACCGUAGAAACAAAAGGCGUCAAAAUAAGCAUAUCUGAUAGAUAUUAUAGAGCAUAUAAGAGUUAUUUUAAUAUAUGGCACUGUGACACAAUUAUUACUAAUAAUGCUGCUUGUUUUAACUGCAUCAUAGCAAAGACUGUUUAACUUUACCUCUACUGCGUUGACUCUGUAAUUCAACUUGCUAUGGAAACGACAAAAAUGCUAAUUUAAUCAGAAAUCCUCACGUUCUACAUUUUCAUUACAAAUGUAGCAUUUGUAGUUUAACUAACAGGCUUUGCUCAUUAUGGAUUAAUACCUUUGUUAUUUUCUGACCCUGUCAAACACUAAAUUGUUUAAUUUAAUGUAAUUUAAAUAAAGGAAG